AUGCUUGGUGAUGCUGUUAUUGCUGAUGAAACCAGAAAACUUACAUAUACUAGUUUGAGUAUCAAUGGUAUCCAACAAGAUACAUUUCUCUCAUUUACAAUUAAGCAAGUGUUUACUAACAAUACAGGUCAAAAAGCAGAUAUUAUAUAUUUCAUUCCCAGUGAACAGCAAUUCUGUACAUAUGAUCCUAUGUUCAUAGUUAAUGGGAAUGUAAUCAAACCGAAACUACGACCUAAAGAGGAGGCCAUGAAAGAGUUCAAAGAAGCAAAAGAUUAUGGAUAUAUGGCAAUGAUUGGUGAAUAUGCCGGAAAUGGUCUGGAUUCAUUCGGCUUGGGAAAUAUUGGCCCUAAUUGUAAAGUUGAAAUUAACCUGAAAAUUACAUUCUUGGCUGAUAUUAAUGAAAAUGGAUACAUUUACAAAUUUCCUCUUACUCAUAAAUAUCAAAAAGGUUCUGUAACAAAUGAUCUUCCAGAAAAUUUCGAAUUCACAAUUAAAAUCAUGACAAUGAAAGAGAUAAAGAAACUAAAUGUUACUGCAAAAGGUAAUAUGAAAAUUAUUGAUAAUCACAACGCAAUAUUUGAAACAAAAACAACCCCUCGUGAUGAUGCAAUUAUUAUCGAAACUUCAAUCAAAGAUGAAGACAAGGGAAUUGCUAUUUCAAGUGAUGGUUAUAUUGCCAUUUCAACAUAUCCAUAUUUCGAAGGAAAAGUUGAAAAUAAUUCGGAAUUUUAUUUCUUAAUUGAUUGUUCUGGUUCAAUGUAUGGCUCACGCAUUGAAAAUGCAAAGUUUUGUUUGAAUCUUCUGAUUCACUCUUUACCAAUCGAUUCCAGAUUUUCAAUUAUUAAAUUUGGUACUUCAUAUGAAGAAAUUUUCCCAAUAUGUGAUUAUACAAAUAAAAAUGUUAAAAUAGCAAUGAGACAGAUAAAAGAUUUAGACGCAGACAUGGAUGGUACUGAUAUUCUAUCACCAUUGGAGUAUGUUUACACACAAACAACGAAAAAUGGUUAUCAUAGAAAGAUAUUUUUAUUGACAGAUGGCCAAGUUCAUAAUUCAGAUGUAAUUUGUUCAUUAGCUCAAGAAAAAAGAGACAAUAACAGGAUUUACGCAAUUGGACUAGGAUCUGGAGCUGAUCCUGGCCUCAUUAAGAAUGUUUCCCUAAAAAGUUGGGGUAACUAUGUUUUAAUUGCUGAUAAAGACAAUAUGAAUGAAAAGGUCAUUGAGUUGAUGGAAUCUUCCAUUUCUCCAUAUUUGACUAAUAUUUCCAUACAGAGUGAAAACACAGUGACAGAAAUGUGGCCAUCACCAUGUCCACCUAUAUAUUCAAGAAAUCCUCAGAACUUUUUCAUCAAAUCUCCUUUCGUUGAGAACAUUUUGAUCAGUGGUUUUGUUGAAAAAGAAGAGAUUUGUUUGACCAUUCCAGUCUCCAAAUGCAAUGACAACUUAGGUUUGAAACAGUUGUUCAAUCGAUACAUCCUCGAUGAUUAUGAAUCAAAAAUAUUAGAUAGAGUUAUUAACCGAAUACCAUACUUUUAUUUGAGAGAUAUUCGUUCAUAUAUUUCAGAAAGAGUUGACAGUGUUCUCAAAAACGAAUGCGUCAAGUUAUCAAUAGAAUCAGGUGUUCUUUGCUAUUUCACAUCUUAUAUUGGAGUUGGUUACCAAUCAGAUAUUGACAUGAGAAUUAAUUAUGAUGCAUAUAUAAGGACACAUUGUUUGUGCUCCAUUGCCCCUGAACCACCAAAUCUUAAUCGUGGCUGUGUUAAAUCUGGAUCUCGCAAGCAAUUUGAAUUCGAUAUCAAAAAAGAUGAUACAAAACAAGAUGAAAAUAGUAAACACGGGAUUAUUUCUUACAUUCUCUCAUGGAUAAGAAAAGCACCAAAAGAAAUAAGUCCUGAAACUUUGAUAUCUAAUCAAAAUGUCGAUGGGUCAUGGGAUAAUUUUGAUGAUAUGGAUCCUAAGAUCAAAUCCAAAUAUGGAAACAAUGUUGCUGCAACAGUUGCAGCAGUUUCAUAUAUCCAAAAAGCGUUCAAAGAUAACUUGACUGAAUAUUCUCUUAUGAUCAGGAAAGCUAUGGCAUUCCUCAAGAAUAUUGAUAGCGAAGUUGAUUGGAAUGAAGUUAUUAAGAACGCAAAUUAA